AUGGAUCUCACAUCUUCCUCUUACACAGCGAGUUCGAGCCCUACUCCACCAUCGUUUCCUGCCACCAUUUCCUUAAUACAAAAUUCCACAAGUAAAGAUGAUAACACCUGCUACAUUACCAAAACCGCCGACCGGGGACGAGUUUCCGUGCCAAUCAUCGCUCUCAUUGUCUUAAUUCACACUGCAAUCUUCACUUCUCUUUACCUUGUCUGUUCUCGGUACGUUAUAUAUCAAUCUCGAAAGAACGUUGCUCGUUUGAGGUUUGAGAAGCUGGAUGAUCGUCUAAAACAAUUGAGGAAUCAUGAGCUUAAAAUUAGAGCCACGCUCUUCGAGGACCAAUCUCAGCAAGACGCAUCAGAGCUGGUGCAAAUAGGGGAUCUUCAAAAUACAACCACUGGUUUUGGAGGAGGAGCUAUGGACCAUUUUGCAAACGGCUUUGAGGCGGCCAAAAGAAAACUUUAUGAAAUCUCACGACGAAAAUUCGUCAAAAGAUAUUGA